AGAGUGCUUUUUAACACUUAACUUUUGACAGCUGUUUGUUGCCGAGAUUGAAGUAAAUUAUUAGAAUUUAACCAAUAAGGCGGAAGAAACGAUGGCCCAAGUCCCCUGUGCGAUUACCUCGCAUAAGCGCCAGGUUUGCACCUUGUACAAGCAGGCACUGCGCAACCUGGAGGCCUGGUACGACCGACGCAAUGACUACCGCUACCGCGCUGUGCAGCUGCGUGCCCGCUUCGACGAAAACUGCAACAAGGAUUUGGGCGAAGGCAUCCGACUCCUGGCCUGCGGAAAAAAGGAGCUAUUCGAGACGAAGCAUUUUCAGCCCCGGAACUUUGCCAAUAGUGUAGGUGGUUGCGCCUUCGAACGAGAGGUUAUCCCGCCGGAUUGGAUGCUGGACUACUGGCACCCCCUGGAGAAGGCCCAGUACCCUGAGUACUUUGCCAAGCGAGAACAGCGCAAGAAGGAGUAUGUCACUUGGUGGGAGAAGCAGUAUGGCAAGCCGGAUCCCCAGGACUUGGGUCACCACUAAUCUUAGAAUACCAUAGUCAAAUCAAAUCCAAUCUUUGUCUUUAAAAGUAAAUCUAUUGGAGUUCA